GUGGCGGAAGUUCAAGCUGUAUGUGGCGGUAACAUAUUGUAGACAGUUGUCACAGAAACGAAGUGAACUGAAGUUAAGUAGAUCUUUUGUUGAAAUGCAUGGCGUAAGAAACGACGGAGUAAACGGAGAGCAGGAUAGAUAACAACAUCUGAACGGUUCCUACAAAUACUGAACCGUGGUUGAGAGCAGAGUCUCCCGGGAGUGGAGGGAAGAGGUCGGCAACAUGUCCCAGCAAGGAGCCGCGAUGCAGACCUACAACAAUGAACUUGUGAAGUGUAAGUGAUGUUGAAGAAAUGUCUGGAGGAGCUCUGCUCCAAACGGGAGGAGCUGAACCGGCAGAUCCAGAAGGAGGAGGAGGAGAAGUCGCGGCUGCAGCAGGAGAUGGGGCUCCUGACGGAGAAGCUGAACCGCGUCAGCGAGAGCCUGGCCCGCCGGACCUCCGCCCGCGCCGAAUUCGACCGCACCAUCGCCGAGACCGAGGCCGCCUAUAUGAAGAUCCUGGAGAGCUCUCAGACUCUGCUGAGUGUGCUGAAGAGAGAGGCGGGGAACUUGAGCAAAGCAGCGGACCUGUGAAGAGAAUGAGACAGGAUCUCUCACUCUGACCUGUGAAGAGACUAAGACGGGAUCUCUCACUCUGACCUGUGAAGAGAAUGAGACAGGAUCUCUCACUCUGACCUGUGAAGAGAAUAAGACAGGAUCUCUCUCUCGGACUUGUGAAGAGAAUAAGAUAGGAUCUCUCUCUCUGACUUGUGAAGAGAUAAUGAGAAUAAGACAGGAUCUCUAAACACUGUUUUUACCCAGUGAAUAGACUGACGGCCUGUGUCACACACAGAUGCACACAUCCCCCCAAUAUUAUCCUGUCUUGUUCCAUUAUCUACCCAAUUAUUCGACACAAGGAACAGACCAUACAGUUGCCUGUAUGUCUCCUGUAUGAAUGUGAGAAUGUUUUAUGCACAAGAAACCUCAAGGUCUGUCUGUGGAUUCCUUUUGUACAAAGUAAAAUAAUUUAACGCUGCGUGUUACAAAUUAAAAGUGAUUUUCUAAAUCA